AUGACCCUUAUCGUCCAAGGGCCCGCCGGCGCCGCCUCGCGCAACAGGUCUGUACGGUUCGGCAAUCUGACACCCUCAAUGACACCCUCAAUGAACCCCUUCAAGGACCCCCUCCCUCCUCUUUCCCACACCCCCGAACCCCUCGAGCUUCCUUCAUCCUCACCAAGCGGUCCUGCAGGAAGCGUCAGUCACUACACUAAAUACCUAUACCAAACUGCGAUCACCGAAACCUUUCCCCUUACCAUCCCAGAAUGGACGACUGCGCAAAGAGGAGGUGGCGGCCUCGAACGGUUAUUAGCCCUUCGCGCCUCAGAGGAGAGCCGUAGCUCCAAUGCUUGGAUCUCGCUCGCAACGCCCGCUCAGAUCGAAAUGCAAUGGCGCCAUCUCGAGGCCUUUAGUACCACUGCUGACCCGGCCUCGCUCCCCCUCUUUGGCGUUCCUUUUGCUGCUAAAGACAACAUUGAUGUUGCCGGCUUCCCUACCACCGCCGCCUGUCCCAGUUUUGCCAAGGGGCCCCUCGAGCAAGAUUCGACCGUUGUUGCCAACCUCAAGGCCGCUGGUGCCAUUGUUCUUGGUAAGACGAAUCUCGACCAGUUUGCCACAGGUCUUGUCGGCACAAGGUCACCGUACGGAGCUGUGAGGAACUCUUUCGAUUCUGAACGUGUCAGUGGCGGCUCUAGUUCUGGCAGCGCCGUUGUCGUCGCCAGGGGCAUCGUUCCCUUCAGUCUUGGCACCGACACGGCCGGCAGCGGUCGUGUCCCCGCAGGUCUCAACAAUCUCAUAGGUUUGAAGCCUACAAGGGGAGCCAUCAGCACAGCAGGCGUUGUACCGGCGUGUCGCAGCCUCGAUUGCGUCUCGAUUUUUGCCUUGACGACCGAAGAUGCCGAAACGGCCCUGGUUGCGGCCGAGGGCUACGACCUCGCCGACUCGUUCUCCCGCAAGCGACCAGAGAUCUUCGCCGCCAGCGGCCGCCGCAUGGCCAUUUGCAGCGAUCCGCAGUGGUAUGGCCAGGGGGAACAGGAGGCUGCCUACAUCAGGGCGAUCGCCAAGGCCGAGAGCCUCGGGUGGACUCUUGUGCCGCGCGACUUCUCGCAGCUGUUUGAGCUUGCGAACCUACUAUAUGAGGGUCCCUGGGUCGGUGAGCGGUACGCUGCGAUCAAAGACUUCAUUGAGGCGCAUGAGGAGGAUAUGGACCCCACGGUACGGACCAUUGUCCUCAAGGCUCGCGGGUUCAAUGCGGCCGACCUUUUCGCGGCCGAGUACCGUCGUCAGGACCUCACGAGGGAUAUUGAAAGGGCGUUUGGCGAGUUUGACGCUAUACUCGUGCCGACGGCGCCGACGUUUCCUACGAUCGAGGACCUGGAGAAAGAACCAAUCAAAGAAAACGCCAUCCUAGGAACAUAUACCAACUUCGUCAAUUUUCUCGACUGGUCAGCGCUAUCCGUACCCGCCGGCUUCAGAGCGGACGGGCUGCCAUUUGGCAUCACGCUCAUCUCGACCAUGUGGCAGGAGCCGAAGCUGAUGGCCUUGGCAAGAGAGUGGCUUUCCACAGCGCCGAGGCCGCUGGGAGCUACCAAGGCAGAGAUUCUGGAGCCAGUCAAAGAUGUCAUCAAUGAGACCACCAUUGCCGUCGUCGUCGUUGGCGCUCAUCUCACAGGGUUUCCCCUGAACAAAGACCUCACCUGCCGGGGCGCCGUAUUCGACAGAGCCACCAAGACGUCCUCCAAUUAUCAGCUCUUUUCUCUCGAUACAGACAGCCCCAUCAAGAAACCUGGGUUGAAACGCGUCCGUGAGGGUGGGAGCUCCAUCGAAGUCGAGGUGUGGAAUCUGCCACGGUCCGAGCUGGCGUCAUUUGUCAAGACCAUCGCGACGCCUCUUGGCAUUGGUUCCGUCGAGCUCGAGGACGGUAAUUGGGCACAUAGCUUUAUUUGUGAGCCGUAUGGCCUCGAGGGCGCCACCGACAUCACCUCUUUCGGAGGCUGGCGUGGUUUCAUGGCGUCGCAAAAGCCACAGACAGCUGGAUCGAAAAGGCUCGCCCGUGAGAUCAAGACGGUGCUCAUCGCCAACCGUGGCGAGAUAGCUGUCCGCAUUAUCAAGACGCUGCGCAAGCUGGGCGUCUCGGAGACCUAUCUCGAUGGGCAGCAGAUCCUCAUACUCGCGAAAGAGUCUGGCGCAGAGGCCAUCAUUCCAGGCUACGGCUUCCUCGCUGAGAAUGCUGACUUUGCCUCACAAGUCGAGGCUGCGGGCCUCGUCUGGAUCGGUCCUACGCCCGACCAGAUGCGCAAGCUAGGUCUGAAGCACCUUGCGCGCGAGGUCGCCAUCUCGGCUGGCGUUCCUGUCGUUCCUGGAAGCAAAUCUCUUCUCGAGAGCGUCGACCAGGCCCUCGCCGAAGCUGAGCGCAUCAAAUACCCCGUAAUGCUCAAGAGCACGGCCGGCGGUGGCGGCAUCGGGCUCAGUCGGUGCGAUGACGCAAAGAGUCUGACUGAGGCGUAUCACAGCGUGCAAAGACUCGCCGAGGCAAAUUUUGGCGACGCUGGCAUGUUUGUUGAGCAUUUCAUCGAGAAUGCCAGGCACAUAGAGGUUCAGAUGCUUGGCGACGGCGAGGGAAACGUCACGACCGCCGGCGAGAGGGAUUGCUCGCUGCAGCGAAGGAAUCAGAAGGUCGUUGAGGAAAGCCCCGCCGUCUUUGUGCCGCCGGCUGUCCGGGAUCGGAUGAGAGAAGCGGCCAAGCGCCUCGCCGCGGCGGUGAAGUACCGCAACGUCGGAACCAUUGAAUAUAUUUACGAUGUUGACACGGAAGAGUUCUACUUCCUUGAGGUCAAUACUCGACUGCAAGUUGAGCACCCCGUGACCGAGUCGGUCACCGGAUUGGACCUCGUCGAAGCCAUGGUCAAGAUUGCUUCUGGAAACAGCCAUGAUCUUUUUCUCAAUCGCGAGCAAGGAUUUGUUGUCAAUGGAAACUCUAUCGAGGUGCGCGUCUACGCCGAGAGCCCCCUGCAGAAUUUUCGUCCCUCUCCUGGACGCCUUGUCGAUGUAGUCCUUCCGAAGAAUGUGCGCGUCGACACAUGGGUCGAGGCUGGCAUGGACGUUUCCUCUUCAUACGACCCCAUGAUUGCCAAGAUUAUCGUCGUAGCUGAUGAUCGAGCAUCGGCGCUCGAGAAGAUGGCACUCGCGCUGGCUGAGACAACCAUUACAGGCGUUGAGACGAACCUCGGAUACCUCCGCCAAAUCAUCGGAUCUGACCUUUUCCGAUCGGGGGGCUUCACCACUUCGUCUUUGAAUAGCUUCAAGGUCGAGGCUUCAGUUAUUGAGGUUGUUGAAGCAGGCUCGCAGACGGCCGUCCAGGAUUUCCCAGGCCGCAAGAAGUUCUGGCAUAUUGGCGUACCCCCCUCCGGCCCUUUUGACGAUUACUCUUUCAGGCUGGCCAACCGCAUCGUGGGCAACGAUAGUCGCGCCGCGGGCCUGGAAAUGACUGUUCAGGGACCAUCGCUCCUCUUUCAUUCCGAUGCAAUCGUUGCCAUAACUGGUGCCGAGGUCGAGGUGAAGAUUGAUAGGGAAGUUGCAAAGACGAAUAUCGCUCUUUUCGUCCGCCGCGGCCAGACGUUGGCUUUCGGCAACGCGAUCAACGGAUACCGUAUGUACCUAGCCAUCCGAGGCGGCGUUGAUGUACCCGAAGUCUUUGGAAGCCGAUCCACCUUUGCCUUGGGCCAACUUGGUGGGCACAAUGGCCGUAACCUCCGCUCGGGCGAUCUUCUUCCUCUUGGUCAAGCUACAGCGACUGAUGCACUGGUCUCGGUGGUUCCAGCCCCCCAGCCCCCUAUUCCUGUUCAACCCGAUGCCAUCUGGAAGGUGGCAGUCGUCCCUGGCCCUCAUGGUGCCCCUGAUUUCUUCACUGCUGAGGGACUCGACACCCUCUUCGAGGAGGAAUGGUCUGUCCACUAUAAUAGUAACCGAUUCGGCAUCCGCCUGACGGGUCCCAAGCCUCAGUGGGCGCGACGCACAGGCGGCGGCGCUGGUCUUCACCCUUCGAACAUACAUGACACGCCGUACUCGGUGGGCAGUGUCAGCUUCACUGGUGACGAAGCAGUCAUCCUGACGUGCGAUGGUCCCAGCCUCGGAGGAUUCGUCGUCUUCUGCGUUGUUGCUUCUUCAGAGAUGUGGAAGCUCGGCCAAAUGCGACCAGGUGACCGCGUCAGGUUUCAGGCAAUCAGCGCCGAAGAAGCUCUCACACGAGAUGCCGCCCUUGAGCAGGCAAUUACUGAGCUCGCGUCCGUCCCAGAGUAUGGUAUUCCUGCUCUCAAUGGCCACGGCGCUCCUCACCAGAACCUGAAGCCUCUGCUCGGUGACAUUGGAAGCGGUGGCCCAGGCAUCUCGCCCCAGACGAUGCUCGUCGCGCUUCGCAUCCAUGAGAACGCGUCUACCCCGUCUUCUCUUCCAUCACGAUCGUUCCGCCUUCCCCUCGUCUUUGACGACUCGGUGUCCCAGGCCGCCAUCGCUCGCUACGCUGCCACCAUCCGCGACAAGGCUCCUUGGCUGCCAAGUAAUGUCGAUUUCCUGCAGCAGCUAAACGCCCUGCCCUCGCGCGACGCCGUCUCUGACAUUCUUAUUGAAGCCUCCUUUCUCGUUCUUGGCCUCGGCGACGUCUUCCUUGGCUCCCCUUGUACAGUGCCUCUUGACCCGCGCCACCGCCUCACAGGCACAAAAUACAACCCUUCGCGCUCUUUCACGCCGUGCGGCGCCGUAGGCUUCGGCGGCAACUAUAUGUGCAUAUACGGCAUGGAUUCACCGGGCGGAUACCAGCUCGUCGGUCGCACCAUCCCCAUCUGGGACGAGGUUCUCGCCACGAGCACGAGGAGCAACGGCAGCGCCGUUAAGAAGCCCUGGAUGUUCCGCCUGUUCGACCGCAUCUCCUUCUACCACAUUUCCGAAGCAGAACUCGACGCCGCCGUACGCGAGGGCAGAACCAGCACGCUCGUGCAUGUCGAACCGGGCACCAUUGAGCUCGAGACGUAUGAGGCGUGGCUUGCAUCGAACAAGACGGAGCUCGACGCCGUCGUGACCGCCCGCGAGGCCGCUUUCCACAACGCGCCCUUCCUCGAGGAACUGCUGCGCCCAUACGAGGCCCCCGAGGGGGAGAAACGCGCACUCGGAGGAGAGGACGUCGACGGCGAGCGCGUACGUGCGCAGAUGCCGGGCAAGUGUUGGCGGUGCGUCGUCAAGGAGGGGGACGAGGUCGAGGUUGGGGAUGCGCUUGUCUGGAUCGAGUCCAACAAGAUGGAGAUCAAGAUCUCCAGUCCGGUAAAGGGAAGGGUCACGCGGGUGUUUGUGGAGGAGGGCGAGAUUGUCGGGCCGCACGAUGAUUUACUCGUCAUCUCGGCUGUCUGA